UGGGCCGGAGGAGAGACAGAGACCAGGCAAUUUCCUGGUCCUUUCUGCUUGACUAUUGGACCAUCAUUAGCUAGCGUAAUCACUUUCGUUUUAACUUUGUCACGUAACUCCACACAGAAGAAAACGCAAGACCGCGUACGUAUACAUACACAUACAUACAUGCUCUGAUUAGUCAACCUUUUCACUCUAUAAAUAACCCCCCACUCCCUCUCUUACCCACCAAAACAUUUCAUCGAACUUCUUCCAUACAAUAACAAUCCAACACAACUCCUCAUCUCCCUCUCACUCUCCCACCCUCUCACACCUUCAAAUCACCAAGAACAUAAAACAAAUCUAAAUUCCGGAUUUUGGGUCUUGAAUUUUGAAUUUCGAGUUUUGCUGAUGCCAAGAAAAGGAAUGAGGACUCUGUUUUUCAAAUCUCCAUCGCCGUCACCUUCAAACUCUCCAUCAAGGAGCGCCACCCAACCUUCAUCGCCGCGUCGCAGCUUCUCCGACUCUCUAAUGGAAGAGAACAUCGAAAUCGCACAGACCCUCAUCACGCAGUGGGACUCUGACUCUUCUUCUUACAACAACAUCUCCUCUCUCUUCCAUGACGACCGCCAAGAGGCCAGGCUCUACCUCAAAUCUGUCAAGGAUUUACAGUCCGCCAUGCAACACUUCCUCAGCUCCCAAGACUCCAGCGCCGAAAAGCUCAUCAUUGCUCAGAAUCUUAUGCAAUCCGCCAUGAAGAGACUCGAGAAGGAGUUCUACCAGAUUUUAUCCGGCAACCGAGACUACUUGGACGCCGAAACCGUGUCGAGCCGGUCAUCCAGAGCCUCGGCUCUGUCCAGCGUUUCCGAUUUGGAAUCCGAGUCUGAGGACGAGUCGGUUUCAGCGGUGGACCAAAUCUCUACCAUUGCAAUGUCCGAUUUGAAAUCCAUCGCUGAUUGUAUGAUAUCGUCUGGCUAUGGAAAAGAGUGCGUGAGAAUUUACAAAAUCAUAAGAAAAUCGAUCGUUGACGAAGGCCUGUACCUUCUUGGAGUGGAGAAGCUGAGCCUCUCUCAGGUUCAGAAAAUGGACUGGCAGGUUUUGGAGACGAAGAUCAAGAACUGGUUAAGCGCCGUUAAAGUCGCCGUUAAAACUCUCUUCUACGGCGAGAGGCUGCUCUGCGAACACGUGUUCGCCGCCUCGGACUCCAUAGCGGAGUCGUGCUUCAACGAGAUAUCUAAAGAGGCCGCAAUGACUCUGUUUGGUUUCCCGGAAUUGGUGGGAAAAUGCAAGAAACUAUCUCCCGAGAAAAUGUUCCGCAUUUUGGACUUGUACCAGGCCGUUUCGGAUCUUUGGCCCGAAAUGGAGUCCAUCUUUUCGUUCGAAUCAACCUCAGCCGUCCGAUCUCUGGCCGUUAAUUCUCUCAUUAAGCUAGGUGAGGCCGUCCGCACGAUGCUUAUGGAUUUCGAAUCGGCGAUCCAGAAGGACUCGUCCAAGACACCGGUCCCAGCCGGUGGGGUCCACCCGCUUACUCGUUACGUAAUGAACUAUAUUUCCUUCCUCGCCGAUUACAGCGAAAUACUUGGUGAUAUAGUCGUUGACUGGCCGUUGACGAUCUCGACGCCGUUGCCGGAAGCUUACUUCGGGUGCUACGACGCCGAGGAGUCGCCAAUUUCAAUACGCCUCGCGUGGCUCGUCCUUGUUCUCCUCUGCAAACUCGACGGCAAAGCCAAGCUGUACAAAGACGUCGCGCUAUCCUAUUUGUUCUUGGCGAACAACUUGCAAUACGUCGUCGGAAAAGUCCGCGGCUCCAAUGUCAAGUACUUGCUGGGGGAGUAUUGGGUGCAGAAGCACGAGUCAAAAGUCAAACAAUACGCCGCGAACUACGAGCGGAUGGGGUGGAGCAAGGUGUUCGCCUCCCUACCGGAAGAUACAACGGCUCAGAUUUCUUCCGAUCAGGCAAAGAGCUACUUCAAGCGAUUCAACGCAGCGUUUGAGGAAGCGUAUAAAAAGCAGACCUCAUGGGUCGUGCCCGACUCGAAACUCCGAGACGAGCUGAAAGUUUCGGUGGCUAAAAAGCUAGUGCCGGUAUAUCGGGAGUUUUACGAGAAGCAUAGAGUCGGGAUGAGGAGGGAGUGCGGGGAGGACUCGUUGGUCAGAUAUGCCCCGGAGAAUCUAGAUAAUUACUUGUCGGAUCUGUUGUAUGGGGCCACGAGUGGUGGGAGAGUUUCGUCGUUUUCGUCGUGCUCUUCCUCGCCGUCGCAUUCGCAUGGUAGGCAAGGUCGUUGAGACGUUGUAUGUCGUUUAGUGAAUAUAGAAUAAUACUAGAAUGAGGACAAAAGGUGUAUAGCGACAAUAAUUAUACAUGAAUUCUUUGAUUUUUCAGAUGAAGGAAACGCAGAUUAUGCAUAGUUUUGGCAUCUUUCUUUUGUAUUUUAGUUUUCAUAAGUAGUGAACAAUGAUUACGUUACAUA